AUGGAACCGCUGUCCGAUCAGUGCACCGAAAGCUACUUGGAGUUCUUGAAAGUUGGCAAGCCGAUGACUCCUACCUUGGACUACCUCGACAGGCUGAUCAAAGGGCAGCUGGAGCGGGUCACCUUCGAGAACGUGGACAUGCUGCUGAAGCGAUGCAUCAGUCUGGACGCCGAGGCCAUCUUCGAAAAGGUGACACGACGUGGACGCGGAGGCUGCUGCUUCGAGCUCAACUCCUUUUUCGGGCGCCUUCUGCUGGCGCUCGGCUACAGCCUGCUUUUGAGAGCGGCCCGCCUUCGUCUCACGACUCUAGAUGACUCGGCCAAACGCACACGGCUGUCCCAUAUGGUGCUGCUGGUCGAGCUGGGUGAUGGCGAUCGCUACAUUGUGGACGUCGGCAUGGCACAGUGCGGACUGCACCGGGCGCUGCCCGUGGCCGGGGAUGCGACGCCCUUCCGCGUUCGCACACUGGACGACUUGGACAGAUUCGAGGUUGCGGUGCCCACGAGUGACGGUGGCUGGAAGGCUUUCUACAUCGUCGAGCCGUACGAUCUCGACUGGCUCGACUUCUGCACACUCCACUGGUAUUCGACCAGUAACCCAUACUGUGCCACACAGCAGCUCCUGUUGGUGGGACGCCGAUCACCCCACGUAGACGGAUGUUGGCUGCGGCUCAUGAACGACCGGUUCGUGCGCUGGUCACCGACAGGCGGCGUUGUCGAGAAACGGCUCAUGAAUGACGAGAACGAAAUCAUCGACAUUCUGCGAGAUGAGUUUGGGCUCAAUCUGAGCAGGGAGGAUGACGAGGCGCCGCUUCGCGUUCGCUUGCGAGAGGUGCUUGAUAACUUCAGACUGGAGCAGAAGCUCUUUCCCAAGAAAUUGCUGUGGCCCGAAGGUUAA